AUGCCUAUGUUGCAAAGUCGGAUGCCAUCUCUUUAUGAGCAAGAAAUCUUUCAUUGCGUGGGAAUCAUGCACUAAUGAAUAUAUAUAAAAUCCUGUGAUACAUUUCUUGAGAGAACAGAAACGAACUGUUUUGAGAAUAUAUGCUAAGCCUAGCCUUGCUGCAAUCACAAGUCAGCCUGUGAUCAGUCAUAGUUAGUACAAAGUGAGCAGUAGAGUAAUAUAUAAAGAAUACACACAGACUCCUUCAUAUAUGUCACUCUGAAUUGAUUUGGAGUUUGGUGUUUGGGUUAUAAGUUGAAGGAAGCAGAAGAUGUUGGAUUGGGGACCCAUUCUAAUAGGGCUAUUAUUAUUCAUACUACUCUCACCAGGGCUGUUGUUCCAGUUACCCGGCAACACCCACCGCAUGGAACUGGGCGGCUUCACCACCAACGGGAAGGCCAUCGUUGUUCACACCCUCAUCUUUUUCGUUCUCUUCACCAUUCUCAUCUUGGCCCUCGGCAUCCACAUUUACUCUGGCUGACUUACAUUUUUGUGUUCCUGACAAUGCCUUCCUAAAUUUUCAUGUUCAAAGUAAUUUCUUGGUCAGUUCAGUAUGGUAUUCUUUUAAUCAGAGAGGUUGGUUGUUUUUUUUAUUGAUUGAAUAUUACAUGCCAAAUUGGGAUAUAA